AGAGGGACGUAAAAUAUCAUGUUUAUAAUUAGUUGAGGAUGACUGUAUUUCCUUCGUUAACUCUUUUUUUCUGCAGACCCAGUUAUGGGGCGCUGAAAUAAAGCACGACUUGCCCAAAGCCGACUUCCCCGUCCUUCUGACAGACGACCGAGCGUUGUACGACUUCUUGGUCAUCCUGGAUUCUGUUGGCCUCGUUCUGGUGCAGAACGUCCCCUGUGACGUCGGGCAGGUGGAAAGACUAGCCAAUCGGGUGGCGUUUCUCAAACAAACUGCAGGCUUCGGAAAGGAGUUCGCAGUGGUCAACAAAUCGAAACCCGGCAGUGAUAUGGCGUACACCAGCGCGAAACUAGGACUACAUACGGACCUAAACUAUUACAACUAUAAACCAGGGGUUCAAAUGCUACACUGUAUCGAGCAAACCAAGGGGGAGGGGGGCGACAACAGCCUGGUGGAUGGCUUCAACGCCGCUCAUCAACUAAAGGAAGAAAAUCCGGACGCCUUCCGACUUCUUACCACGCUCAAAGUCGCCUUUUGUCACUUCGGAAUAGACUACCAAAAGUACAUUCACAAGCAAAGACAAAACAUUAUAAGGCUAAAUGAUCAUGGCGAGAUCCAGUCCAUCAGCUACAGCGAUCCUACCCGAGCCUCUAUCUUGGACAUGCCUGCUGACCAGGUCCAGCCGUUCUAUGACGCACUGAAGGCCUUUAACACCAUCAUGUACCUGCCCAGGAACUGCGUACGCCUGAAAAUGGCGGCAGGUUAGUCUGACUAAAUAACUCCUCUAGCAGCCCUUCAACGUGGUCAGGUCCCUAAA